AUGAUGAACGGAUCGAGUAGCACGUUUGUUCCAAAUCCUGUGCUUAAUAGUUCUAAUAGUGAUGUUAAACAAGGUGCGACAACAAUGAAGGUCGAAGGCAUUAGUAAAGCCGCCACAUCGAAAGAUAAUACACGUGAUAGUUCUGAAGAUCUCCUUGAUCUCAAGGGGAAAGUUGAAUCACGCUUGUUGUCGAUGUGGAAUAAUGUAAAAUUUGGAUGGACAGUUAAGUUAAAAACUAGUUUCUCCAAGGAAUCACCUGUCUGGCUUUUAGGUCGUUGCUAUCAUAGGAAGUUAAGUCCUACUGGGUCAUUAGAAUCAUCAACAGAAAUUGGAACGGAGGCGACAGCUCAUGAUCCUAUGGAACAAAUAUAUGUUGAAGGUAUUGAAGGUUUUAAAUCAGAUUUUAUAAGCAAACUAUGGAUGACAUAUCGAAGAGAAUUCCCAACUAUGUUAGGUUCUUCAUUUACCACAGAUUGUGGUUGGGGAUGUAUGCUGCGUAGUGGCCAAAUGAUGCUUGCACAAGCUUUAGUUUGUCAUUUUCUAGGCCGCUCAUGGCGUUGGAUACCUGACAAACCUAUUCAAAAUGCUAGAGAAUUUCAGGAAGAUUGCCUUCAUCGAAUGAUUAUAAAAUGGUUUGGUGACAAAUCAUCUGUCAACAGCCCCCUUUCUAUCCAUCAGAUGGUAUGCUUAGGAGAAGCUCUUGGAAAAAAACCUGGUGACUGGUAUGGUCCUGCGUCAGUUGCACAUUGUUUAAAGGCAGUUAUGAAUGCAGCAUCAAAAGAAAAUUAUGAAUUUGAUAAAUUGGAUGUUUAUGUUGCUCAAGAUUCUACUAUAUAUAUUCAAGAUGUAUACACACAAUGCAGGAUGCCUAAUAGUUCCUGGAAAUCUCUUAUUCUAUUGGUACCUGUAAAACUGGGUACUGAUAAACUAAAUCCUAUUUAUGGCCCUUGCUUAACGUCAUUGUUAACAUUAGACUUUUGCAUUGGAGUAAUAGGUGGAAGGCCGAAGCAUUCUUUAUAUUUUGUUGGUUAUCAAGAUGAUAGACUUAUUCAUUUAGAUCCACAUUACUGCCAAGAAAUGGUUGAUGUAUGGCAACCUAAUUUUUCAUUACAAACUUUUCAUUGUCGUUCUCCUCGAAAAAUGCCUAUAAGUAAAAUGGACCCAUCAUGUUGUAUUGGUUUUUAUCUUGCAACACAUAAUGAUUUUGAAACAUUUGUUAAUGUAAUUGGUUCAUUUCUAGCCCCACAAGGUGUUUCAUCAAAUAAUGAAUAUCCCAUAUUUACACUUCAUAAUGGCUCUCGUAGCACUAUUAUGAACCCACCUAACAUUAGGUAUUCAAUAUUUGAAUCCGAACAACACUGGGCUACUCCAAACAUCCAAGAUAGUGAUACUGAUAUUGAAUCAGAAGAAUUUGUAUUGCUU